UGCGUGCCUACUGACUGGCUUUAAUGCACAUGUCCAGGUUCAUUCAUUUCCGGAUGUUUGAAAUGGCUGGAUUUGAGAUUCGAUGGCAGUUAAGGAACAUUUACUUACUUGUGUUUUCUUAAAAAUGUUACAACUUAUCAGAUAACAUCUGUCCUGGCAGAAAAUUACCACCUUUUCCAUUUUUCCACACAUUUUUUAGCUGGUCAACAAGUGCAGGUACAAACUAACAACAAUGUGUUAUCAUAAAUGAACAAUUAUUAUUGAACAUUUGCAGCUAGCAACUUAAUGAUACGUGUACUGGACACCUCUUUUUAUGUAAUUUAGAAGGAAAAUGUGUCUUUAUCAUUUGCUAAAAGUUGCCAAAUACAUUUUAAGUGGGCAGGGUCCACACAUAGGGACGCUUUUUGGCCUUUAUCACAGACAGCUUGUUGUCACAUUAGUAUAGCGUAAAGGAAUAUUUAUUGAUGUCAUUUGAAUGUUGUAUAAACAAAUAAUGAGGAGAUUUGAUAUCAAAAGGGGAAUAUGUCGGGGAGACCCAGUCAAACCGCUUCUUUUCUUGCUUGCUGGUGAAUUACUAGCACCCUAUAUAAAGAAUAAUUAAAGUAUAAAACCAUUAGAUGUUUUGGGUAGAUCCUUGGUAAUUACACAACUAGCGGACGAUACAACCUUAUUUUUUGAAGGACUCUAAUCAAAUACCUAAUGCCUUAAAAGCUGUAUCUUUUUGCGCAGAUGCUUCAGGGUUGCAUUUAAAUUUGAAUAAAAAAAGAGAUUUUGACACUUCAUAAUAACAGACAAAAUGUCAUUUAUAAUAUCAAAAUUAAGAUUCAUUAGUGGUGCCAAGACAGGUGUUUGCUUAAUAGCAAAUAAACUGAAUUCAUUAUGAUUUUAUUUGGAAUAAAAAAACGAAAAGGUCAUAUGGUAAAGUUAACGGAGGAAGGAGGGUUGAAUGUAAUUGAUUUUGGAGUAAUGAAUAGGGUUAUUAAGUAAAGAUGGUUACAAAUGUUUGUAAGAGAUGAACAGUCUUCAUUGUUUAGUGUUUCUGUUCAUCUUUUCCAAAGAGUUGGAGGAAUUUCCUUUCUUUUAAUGAUGUGAUUUUGACCCAUCAGCACUGCCUUUUAAGUUAUCUGAUUUUCAUGUAUUGGAAAAUGUUGUGCAAGCAUAGUUUUACUCCACAUGAUGUUGUAAUUUGGAAUAACAGGUGUAUUUUACAUAAGAGGAAAUCUUUAUUUUAUGAAAACUGGUUUGACAAAGGAGUUUGGAAUUUAAUGCAUUAAAUGGAUGAAGAGUGUAAUAUGUUAUGAUCAUUUUAAGAUAAAAUUUUCAUAUAGACAAUUUUCUUUAGUUGUCAAAUCUAUUCCUGUAGCUUUGAGGAAUUUAAUUAAAGGUAUUUACAAUAUUCUUCUGUAAUACCUACAUUGGUUGAUUUGUUUAUUGACAAUUAUAAUUUCUUGGAUGUUAGUUAAUUAUUAGUUGUUGUUAUUUUAAUGACUGCUAUACACUGAUGGUUGUGAUUAAGUUACUGCAAUCAUAGUGUCAUGACUUACUAAUAAUAUUAGAAAUACUGUAAUAAGCUAUUCCUAAAGCGCAUUAUUGUUUUUGUUUUGUUUUUUUGCAUGUACCAUGGUAUUAUUUAUAGAAACUUAGAGUGCCACAUAAAUGCCACAUUAUUAAAUCAGAAAUUAGUUCAUAACUUUGUGUCUAAGAGGGCAAAUCACUGAUUCAACUUGUAGUAUCAAGACCAAGGGAAUGAAUGUGAUUUAAUUUUCUAAAGUACAGACAGUCUGCUUGUCAUUACACACACACACACAGAGUCCCAGUGUGCAGCAUAAUAAGAGUCACAAGUGCUGAAGCAGCUCAAACUGAGCAAUCGUCCAUCCAGUUUCGGACCAGCAUGCAUCAGUCCAUCCCGACCGGAGCGAAGUGAAGCAGCAGGAGUAAAUAUGCAUGUUUUGGGUCUGUUUAUGGUGGCGUCUGUGUUCACCAGCACUGGAUCUGCAUCAGAUGAUCAGAUGGAGCUGGCAGCUUUCCUGCGCAGCGUCUCUCCAGCAGCACUGAUCCGAGAUCAGCCGCUCACCGGCCCACAGACUUCAGCUGCUGCCGGACCCAAACUGCUGACUAAAGACGGGCUCAUCCAGGGCCUGACGCUGGACAAGUGCUAUGUGUUUUAUGGGAUCCCGUUCGCUGAUCCUCCUGUGGCGGCGUCCCGCUGGAAAGCGCCCCGUCCCGUCACGCCCUGGAGAGGGGUGUACGACGCCACCUAUCCCAGAGCGGCGUGCAUGCAGGCCUGCAUCGGACCCAUCGCUGACAGGUGUCCCAAGAAGGUGAGUGAGGACUGUCUGUACUUGAACGUCUUCGUUCCUCUGAGCGUGGAUCUGGCGGCUCCGCUGCUGACGCCGCUUCCGGUGAUGCUGUGGAUCCACGGCGGGGAUUUCAUCGCGGGCUCCGCCUCCAAACCGCUCUACGACGGCCGUUACAUCAGCAACUUCACGCAGACGCUGGUCGUGAGCGUCGCCUACCGCCUGGGCGCCUUCGGCUUUCUAGUGUCAGGAAAAGACCCGCGGACUUCCGCCGCGGGGAAUUAUGGGAUUCUGGAUCAGCAGGCGGCGCUGCUCUGGGUCCAGCAGAACAUCGCGGUGUUUGGAGGAGACCCGACCAGGGUGACUCUGUUCGGCGAGAGCGCCGGCGCUCAGUCGGUCAGUCUUCAUCUGAUGAUCCAGAGCAGUAAACCGCUCUUCAGACAAGCUGUUUUCCAGAGUUUACCCUUCUCCAUCCCUCUGAAAACACGGCACGAGUCUCUGAAGCUCGGGAAGAACUUCGCUAAAUCAGCCAACUGCUCAGUUCUGGACCUGACGUGUCUUCAGUCUCUGAGUCCUCAGGAGGUGCUCAACGCACAGAUCAAAUCCAGCUCAAAGGUGGUGAAUCCCUUCCGCUUUCUGGAGCAGUUUGAGAGCUGGGGGCCGUAUGUGGACGGAGAGCUGAUCAGAGAGCAGGCGGUCAGCGCCUUCCUGAAGGGACACUGGCAGAAGGAUAAGCCCGUGCUGCUCGGGACCACCUCAGAGGAAGGAGUGAUCUUUGUGUACGGCGUCUUCAUGAAGCCCGUGUCAGCGGUUGAGUGCACCGUCUACACCACGGCCAUCUUCAAACACCAUGCCAUCAAAAUCCUGCGUAAAUACCUGCCGCUGUACAGCGACGCAGACCGCAGGGACAUGCUGGCACAGAUCGUGACUGACUACAUCUUCCUGUGUCCGUCGCGGAGGUCGGCUCGCGCCGGCGUGGCGUCUGGCAGCUCGGUGUGGAUGUACGUGUUCGAUCACGUGGCGAGCGAUCCUGCCGUGUGGUCGGGUUUGACGUUCUGUUACCGUCACGCGUGUCACGGCGCAGAGCUGCCCUUCGUGUUCGACUCGGCGCCGGUGGCGAACCUCAGCAUGACUCCGGCGGAGCGGCUGCUGUCCAAUCGGAUGCUGUGUUACUGGGGAGCGUUCGCUCACACCGGUGACCCCGGAUCUCACGCCGACUCCAGCGUGUUUUGCCGACAGCAGCGUCCGCCGGCGUGGCCGCGCUACGCGACUAACAGCGGCUGGCUAUUCAUGAACCUCACGCUGCAUUCACACGCGCAGACCGGAUCACGCGACGACAUCUGCGACUUCUGGGACGCGCUGGGAAUCUAUCCAUAGAAAAAACUGAAAAACACGAGCGCUGGUUCAUUUCUCAUAUAUUUCUCAUGGACUGACUGUAUUUGUGUAUUGUUUUUCAGUGUAAAUACCUAAAGAUUCUUAAAAGUGCGGUCAAAAGAUUAAUCGCGAUUAAUCGCAUCAAUAAUAAAAGUUUUUGUUCACAAAAUGUGUGUGUGUGCGGUGUAUAUUUAUUAUUUAUAAAUAUAUACACAUACAGUAUAUACUUUGAAAAUAUUUAGAUUUAUAUUAGUGCUGUCAGACGAUUAAUCGCGAUUAAUCGCAUCCAAAAAAAAUUUGUUUACAUAAUGUGUGUGUGUACUGUAUAUUUAUUAUUUAUAUAUAAAUACACACACAUGCAUGUAUAUGUUUAAGAAAAAUGUUAUGUGUAUAUAUAUUAUAUAUAUAUAUAUAUAUAUAUUAAUUAUAUGAACAAAUAUA